AAAUGAAUCAUCUACGUGUGGCGCUCAUCAGACAGCAAAGGUGGUGCCGGCGUACCGCAGUACAGUGUGCUUCCAGCUCGAGCCGUACCGUCGUUCUACAGCAACCUUCCGUACCGUUUAUUCGGCUACUUUCCCAAUCGGUACGCCUCUGCCAAACAGUUCCCUCAGUAAAGCAACAAGAAUCGACCACCACACCGAACCGGGAAGCUGCACCAGCCGGCAAGAAACAGCCAAAGGAUAGUGUACGGUUGGUAGAAGAGCUUCGAUCGGAUGCGAUCGUGUACCGCCGGGUACAGCUGGAAAAGCUUAAUCAACUGCUUGCCAAACCGUUCGAAAUACCGAAGGAUGCGUACGAAUUUUUGCUCCAGUGCUGUGGUACCCUUCUAUGCGCGGAAACGCUCGAAACGCGCAUGAAAGUGUUCGAACAGUUUUGGUUCUAUAUGGGUGAACCGGAACAGAAACACUGGAAGGUGCUGCUACAGGUGUACCGUGAAAAUGAACGUUCCAUCACGGAUGUACCAGCAUUUCUCGCCAGCAUAGGCGACCGCAUCGAGAAGGAUGCUGAGCUGUACGUUGGGCUAAUGGGUGUGCUGGCAGAAAAAGGAGACAUCGCCGAGAUGAAGCUGGUUGGGGAGAUGAUGAAGGGGCGCAACAUUCCCCUCUCGGUCGACGUGAUAAACCUGAUGAUCCGUGGAUAUGGACGGGCGGGCGAUUUGGACGGUGUACAGAUGGUGCUGGAAACGAUGAGCGCUAGCAAUGUGUCCGCCAAUGGGCAAACGUACGGUGAACUAAUGAUCGCCUUCCUGGAGGACGGUAUGACCGACCGGGUCCUUAAAAUGGUACGUGAAAAAGGCUCCCAGCUGAACGAAAAGCACAUCCUCGAACUGUUGUCGCUUGCGCUGGGAGAGAAAAUUCAACCCGAAUUGGUACGUUCACUGCUGAAGCUGCUUCCGGAAGAGCUGACAACGGAUGGCCGCAUACAUCCGGUGCUACGGAACGUGCUUAGUGGACUGAUUCGAGCCGGCCAACUCGACGGUAUGAUGGCACUGCUUGACGAACUACCAGCGCCACAGUUCCGGGCGAAUGAAAAUACCGACGGGUACGGAACAUUCCUGAUAGUGGAAAUGCUUCGCAAUGAUGUUUCGCUUGAUCGGUUAAACAAGUUCCUGGCCACGCUGAUCAAAACCGACCGUAAUGCUCGUGCCUACCAGGUCGCCUGUGAAUGCGCGGCAAAAGCAGCUCAUCCGUACUUUUCCCGCCUGCUAGCAUCUCUUGCUCGACACGAAGAUUUACGUCCCCACUACUUCUGGCCACUAUUUCUGCAGCGCUCGAAAACGGACGGAGAGGGUGGUGUGCUUUCGGUGCUGCAAACGAUGCAAAAACUUAAAGUAGAACCAGAUCAAGAAACACUCACCCAGUACGUUCUGCCGAAGCUUGCACUCACGCUGAAAGAUUCCCGCAGAGCGUUGAAAAUGUUGGAGGAUUGUGGCGUACGGACGAGCGUACUGAUGACUCCUUACAUUUCCCAUCUACUCUACCAGAACCGGUUCGACGAGGUGCUUGAGAUUCUACGCAGUUAUCCAACGUGCAAGCUCGACACGGAAGCACUCCUGUGGCCAUUAAUGCUACUAGCAAAUGUUAACCGCUCGAACACCCAUCAGCGCAAGCUGUGUGAAGUGAUCUGCGCCAUCCGAGACCGAGCAGCGGACAAACGCCACGAUCUAGGCGGUCAGUUACUGCUGGAGCUGAUCAGCAACAAGAAAAGCAAGCACGAUGCAAACAGUUUGCGCGCCCUGCUUGGCGAGUACGAGCGAUACGAGAUCCGGAUAUCGCGAAUGGCCGCCGGUGUGCUUAAGAAUCAUUUCGGACGUGCGGAGAAUGCGGGAACCGGUGGAUCCACGGUAGAAUCGAUCGAUACGCUACUGAAGAAGGUAACGGACGAUCAGUUGACGAUCCUUUCGAAGGAACUGUUCGACACGAUCAGUGUUCAUCCGCGGGACAUGAACUACGACGAGCUGGAAUGUCAUCUGGUAGAGCUGGAACAAAAGAAGCUAAAUACGCGCGGCGUUCUUCGGAGGCUUCUACAGCUUAGUGUCCGCGAAGGACGCUACAAGCGUGCGCUCGAGCUAAAGCAACGUUGUGACCAGGCAAAGGUAGACCAAAGUUCCGGUAUGCUAGCGUCAAUCGUUGAACUGUACACCAAGGUAGGCGAUCCGGUACAAGCCGGCCGAACGUUGGAACAGUUGCGCCAACAGUAUCCUGGAUUUAUCGUGGAUGAGCACAAGAUCAUCGAUUACGCAGCAUUGCUCGUGGAGCGCGGACAACUCGACGGUGCACGAAAGAUUCUUCGCGAACGUGCCACAACCGGUGGCAAGUUGCGUGGAGUGGAGGAUGGCUCGACUAGUAAAAAUGUUUGGAAUUUACUCACCAGCACAGCACAAUGGGCUGCGACUUCCGGGCGGAAAUCGGACUAUCCCAAUACCACGCUGCAGAUGCUAGAUUUUCUCGUCGAGCUCGGAUACUGUAACUACGACAAUGCACUGCUUGGUCCGGUGCUGCGUGAAUAUCUGCUUGCCGGCGAUAAGCGUACUGCCAUCGAAGAGUUUAAGCGCAUCGCAAAGGAAAAACGUCGCACACCGUUGCAGCUGGAAAUUAUUACCCUUCUCGUGGAGCUUACAAACGGACAGGAGGGAUCGUCCAACAUUUCACCAACCGACGCCAAAACGUUACUAACCGAAACGAUCCAAAUUGUAUCGCAAAUCCAUGGACCGAUCAAUACAAACAACACACUGAUCGUUGCACUGGCGGUGGCCGGUACCGAGGCUCAGUUGCGCCGUAUGCUGAUCAAUCCGGAGGUACGCAUCAACCACGAGUACAUACUGACGCAGUGUGAAUUUUUGGUCGGAAGCGGUAAGAUUGAACCCGUGCUACGGUUAGCUAAAUGUAGCAAAGGGUUGGCGAAUGUGCGCGAAUCUGACUUCCUGCUGCUUGCCCUGGGACAGUAUGUGCGAGAGAAUAACUGUGAGGCUGCCGUACGAUUGUUCCAGCGAAUGGUAGACGAAGGGGACGAGCUGAAAGUUACGACCGAGUUUGCACGCAAACUGUCCGAUCUGCUGGAGGCCAACAAUUUUGAGGUACCGGCUGGAUUGCAGAUGUACCUAAAAUGA